AUGGGUGUUAGAGAGUCGUUCAUCAACGUCAGAAGAUCGUGCGGACCUUCCGAGGACCCGGACAAUGAUGACCAUGAAGAAGAAUACUACAAAUGGAGGAUACGAGACCUAAAGAGGAAGAUAAGGGACAUCAAGAAGGAGAUAGCUAAGGCCAAGAACAUUGGAGACACAGAUCCUAGAAUUUAUUGA